UUUAAUCCUCCACUUUUUCCGACAGAUAUCGCUAUGAGUCUUGUAGCAGAUUUUAUCAAACAAGAUAUGAAGACGAACGACUUGGAGUUAAAAGUUUCGAUCAGAUGAUCCAGUUCUUCUCCGUCCUGACUAUAUUACCUUGCGGUUCAUUAUCCGAUUUGAUUGGUUGCCGGACCCCUGCUCAUUUUACGGUUGUGCUAGUUUAUGAAUAUAUGUAGGAAUGUGAAAAAGCUAUAAGUUUUUUUUCUCUCUCGAUGAAUGCCUUACCUAGGUUGGAACUUCAAACAAACGUAACUUUGUGCUUGUGAUAACGAUGUAAUUGCACAUGUUUGCGCCCCUAGUUCUUAUCCGUUUGAGGGGCAUAGUCGUGUGUUUUGGCCUAUUUUACGCCGGGUUGUGCUAUUUUGUCAUAUUUCAGGUCCCAGGCGUCAAAGGGAAGGCUAACCACGAGUUUCGGGGCAUUCGGAGGUCAUUUUGUCAAGCUGGGGCCAAAACACGGGCAGCCUAAAGCAUUACACGGCCGUGUUCUGGUGGCCGUGCUUUUUAUGCCGAGAGCUGAGCUGAUUACACGAGCAGGGCCGAGACAAAGCACGGCCGUGUCCAACGCGAAGCACGGUCGUGUUUAUCGCAACUGCUGGCCGUGUAAUUAACACUGGCCGAGACACGGGCAGGCUCAGGCAAAGCACGGCCGUGCCCUCGACCGUGCUUUGGCCACUGAUGCCUUUUUAAGCAGAUUUUCAGCCAAACAGAAGGGGAUUCGAGUUUUAGAGAGAGAGAUCAGUUCCUAGAGAGAGAAAGCGACGAACAAGAGUCUCCAAGUGCCCUAGAUUGAUCUUCAACACCAUUGGAGGCCAACUUGAGCUUGGAGAAGUGCCGAUCAACGUACAGAAGCAGGAAUCCAUCCUUCACAGUAUGAAUUCCGCGUCUGAUUCUGCUUUUGCUUUCUUCUCCAUGGAGUAGUUCUUCCAUUCAUCUGGGUAUGGAGAACCCUAGAUUUGUAUGUUAGGUUUGAUUGUAUGAACCCAAGUACUGAUUCUAUGAUUGAUUAUAUUCGAUUGAGGUUUUAAUGAUUGAAUGACUUGAAUCCUGAUCAAAUUCCUGUUGUUUCUGCUUUAACCUAGAAUGAGAAUAUCUGCCUAGGUUAAUAGAGUAUCCUUGAUUGAAGGUAGGGAGUUGGUGACUUUAGUCGAGGAACCAACUCACUAUUCUGUACCGGAUUUACUCCGGUAGUGGAGGUUUCGUUCUUAGGGCCUCAAUCUGUCUACUCCGGUGGAGGUUAGUCGCCCGCUAGAGAUUCAGAUUGAGAGGGUCUGAAGACCUUUAGUCGAGACUUCAGGCUGUUUAAGAACCUUCCGCAGUAUAACUAUCAUAGAAACUGAACUUGGUAAUUACAAUCCGGCUUAACUGCAGUCUAGGGGGAACCAUAUCCGGGUGACCUCUUUAACCUGAAUACAACCGUUUACUUGCUUUGUUAGUUUGAUAGUUUAGACUUGCAUUCCAGUUUCAUUGCUAGAUAACAAGAAUUCACUGAGUAGUCAUCAGAUCUAGGACCCGGGUUGACAUAUAAACCUAACCCGCUAUACUACGCUUUAGGAAGUGGUUACACUUGGCUAAUUCCUAGGGUGACAGUAGAGUCGAGUCAAGUUUUUGGCGCCGUUGCUGGGGACGGCUAGGUUGUUGUAGAAAAGUGAUUUCUGUUAAUUUAGCUUUUCUUUUUUCUUUGUUUGCUUUGUCCCACUUGUGCCUUCACGGGUUUGCUUGCUUGAGUGUGUGCAGGUAGUGCAUGACCCGUAGCCAGUCGGGAGGUUUACUGCCGUUGAAUCCAGAGAUGGACCGCACCUGUCGCCGGCUCAGGAGACAACAGCGAGCUAGACUGGCUACGGAAGAGCGCAUAGACGGCCACGUGAGCAGUGAUUCUGAGGAGGAGUACGAGAUGGAAGACUACAAUCAACACCAGGGGAAUCCUCAGCAGGCUCCCCCGGUGAAUCCGGUCCUGGGGAACAACCCCAUACCCCAGGAUCAUGGAGUUCAUCAUCCACCGCAGCCGGGUCCCACCUUGGAGUACUACUACACUCCUCGGAUUGCUGACAUCCGCCCGGUCAUCCUCUACCCGCCUAUUCAAGCAAAUAACUUCGAGAUCAAGCCAUGCUGGAUUCAGCUCAUUACAUCUUCUAUCCAGUUCCAUGGCUUGAAGGAUGAGGAGGCCAGGGUGCAUCUUUCCCGUUUUCUGCAGCUGACGAACGGGUUCAAGCUGAAUGGUGUCCCGGAUGAUGCAAUCCGCCUUCAUCUCUUCCCCCAUUCUAUGGCGGGGAAUGCUAAGAGGUGGUUGGAGACCCAACCCCCAUUGUCCAUCACCUCUUGGGACGAUCUGGCUGACAAGUUCGUGCACAGGUAUUAUCCAGCAUCGAAGACUACAGAGAUUCAGUGGGAGAUCACUCAUUUCCGCCAAGAGCCAGAUGAGUCACUACGUGAUGCUUGGGAGCGGUACAUGGGCUACUUCUGGCAGUGCCCCCAUCAUGGCUUCAGUGAUGCAUUCACAGUGGGGAACUUUUACAGUGCCCUCUCUCCAGAUAGCCAGAGGGUGAUUGAGUCUUUAUGCCCAGGAGGGGAUGUUCUCACUAAGACUCCACCAGAGCUGAACCAGAUGAUUAAUACUUUGGUUGCCAGAGAUCAUUCUUGGGGGCAGAGCAGCCGAGGCAGACAUUGCCGGGACCGUGGUGUCCACGCCAUGGAGUCCAGAUCCGGGCUCAAGCAGCAGGUAGCUGAGCUAGUGCAGACAUUGAAGCAGCCCAACAGUCUUAUUCCGGGCAGAGAUAUGACUACACCUCCAGUUGCUUAAUGUCAGUGGUGCGAGAGCUCCAAUCAUCUAGUGGAGGACUGCCAGGCUAUGAGGGAGUCUACCACACCCCAGGAGUAGUUGGCCUUCAUCGCCAAUGCGCGGCGCGUCGAUCCAUACAGUAACACAUAUAAUGAGGGGUGGCGCCAGCAUCCCAACUUCGCCUGGAGCAGCAACACCACUAAACCACCCGGUUUCCU